AUGGCUCAAGAAUUAAAAGCAAAGGGCAACCAGCUCUUUAAGCAAGGCGACUAUGUUGGCGCAGAGGACUUCUACUCACAAGCCAUCCUGAAAGACCCUCACGAUCCAACCUUCUUCACCAACCGCGCGAUCACACGUAUCAAGCUCGAGAAAUGGGAAGAUGUGGAACAUGAUGCCCGUGCCGCUAUCGAUAUCUACGGAUUGAAAAAUACAGCUUCCCUGAAGAGCUCCUUCUACCUUUCACAGGCACUUCUGGGACUUCAGAGACCACAGGAAGCCUACGAUGUAGCUUCGGAUGCAUACCAGCUUAGUCUUUCGGAAAAGAGUGCCCAGACAGAAAACCUAUCGCGGAUUGUGUUGCGCGCAAAGCAGCAAAUCUGGGCAGCUAGGGAAACGGCUCGAUUGCGGGAAAUGAAUGAGACCUUGAAGGGUGUUGAGAUCCUCGUGGAGAAGGAUUUGGAGCGCUCGAUUUCAGGGCUGAAAGAGCAAUUGAAUGCUGGGGAGAUUGGAGAGAUUGGGUUCGGAGAGGACUGUAAGGGUCUGCGGGAGGAUGCGGAGAAGAUGAUUCGGGAUGUUAGGGAGGCCUUCCGGAUUGCUUCGAAGGGGGAUGUACAGGAGCGGGUUGUGCCGGACCAUCUGAUCGAUGGUAUCACAUUUGAGAUUAUGCAUGAUCCUGUUAUAACUCCCUCUGGUACCAGCUUCGACCGCGUUGGUAUUGUUAAAUAUGUGGAGAAAUCAGGCGUUGAUCCACUCACUCGAGUCGCAAUGACUGUCAAGGAUUUACGCCCGAACUAUGCGUUGAAGGCAGCUUGUGAGGAGUUUUUGACCAACAAUGGAUGGGCUGUUGAUUGGUGA